UUAGAUCCUUAGAGUUGUAUUCUAAUGUAAGAUGGUGGCUAACUAGUGGUGAAAACCACAAGAACCCUGAUAUAAUAGGAAAAACAGAGGACUUAAAAAGGCGCUAGUCCCAGGACACGGUCACCCAAAGGAUACAUGUAUUUGCACUCGCCUUAUUCUGUAUUCAUCUAAGCAACUGAUAAUUGCCCUGUGGAGCGGAGCAGUUUACUAGGGAUUCCUCCCUUUUCAACUCUACACUGGCUUUUUUCAUCUCUUAAGUUAUUGCGCACUGUGUCAGUGGAAGAUGUCUCGAAGCCCAGAUGUCAAGGAGGAUCCUGUGGAGUGCCCAUUGUGCAUGGAGCCCCUGGAAAUUGAUGACAUUAACUUCUUCCCUUGCACCUGCGGCUAUCAGAUUUGCCGAUUUUGCUGGCAUCGUAUCCGCACAGAUGAAAAUGGACUUUGUCCAGCCUGUAGGAAGCCAUACCCAGAAAACCCAGCAAUAUAUAAACCUCUAUCACAAGAAGAGCUUCAGAGAAUAAAAAAUGAAAAAAAGCAGAAACAGAAUGAAAGAAAACAGAAAAUUUCAGAAAACCGCAAACAUUUGGCUAGUGUGCGGGUAGUACAGAAGAAUCUUGUUUUUGUAGUUGGGCUCUCUCAGCGCUUGGCAGACCCAGAGGUUUUAAAACGGCCAGAAUACUUUGGGAAGUUCGGCAAAAUACACAAAGUAGUAAUAAACAAUAGUACAUCAUAUGCAGGCUCACAGGGUCCAAGUGCAAGUGCGUAUGUCACAUAUAUCCGUUCAGAAGAUGCACUUAGAGCAAUACAGUGUGUCAACAAUGUCGUAGUUGAUGGCAGAACACUUAAGGCUUCUUUAGGUACAACAAAAUAUUGUAGUUAUUUUCUAAAGAACAUGCAAUGUCCAAAGCCAGACUGUAUGUAUUUACAUGAAUUGGGGGAUGAGGCAGCCAGCUUCACAAAAGAAGAGAUGCAGGCUGGCAAACACCAAGAAUAUGAGCAGAAGUUGCUUCAUGAGUUAUACAAACUUAAUCCAAAUUUCCUCCAGCCAUCCACGGGUACUGUUGACAAAAAUAAGAACAAAGUGAAUGCACUACAGAGCUUGGGUGACAAACUUCCAGAAUCACACAGUAUAGGCAACGGUGAAAACUCACACCAGAUUUCAGUCAGUGAAACACCGUCACCACCUCCAGGUUUAUCAAAGCCCAGCACAGGCGUUCCCAGCAGUUCAUCGAAUCACAACACCCGGUCGCCAUUUGAGGGAGCAGCAUCAGAGUCACAGUCACUUUUUUCAGACAACUUUCGACAUCCCAACCCUAUCCCCAGUGGGCUCCCACCAUUUCCCAACUCCCCACAGAGUUCAAGUGAUUGGCCCACAGCACCGGAGCCGCAGAGUCUAUUCACAUCAGAAACAAUACCAGUAGCAUCUUCUACAGACUGGCAAGCCGCAUUUGGGUUUGGUUCUUCCAAGCAGCAAGAAGAUGACUUGGGCUUUGACCCAUUUGACAUAACUCGUAAAGCAUUGGCAGACUUGAUAGAAAAAGAACUGUCAGUCCAGGAUCAGCCAGCACUUUCCCCAGCAUCUCAUCAGAAUCCUCCCUCACACAAAGGAUCCGGUUCUGGGUUCAUGCACAUCACAACUCCUAAUAAUGCCAAUUCUAUAGGCAGUACAUUUCCUGUCUUACCACAGAGGUUUCCGCAGUUCCAGCACAGAGCAGUUUAUAACUCCUUCAGUUUUCCUGGCCAGACAGCCCGCUAUCCUUGGAUGACUUUUCCCCGUAAUAACAUCAUGCACUUGAACCACACAGCAAACCCCACGUCAAAUAGCAAUUUUUUGGACUUGAAUCUACCAACACAGCACAGCACGGGUCUUGGAGGGAUCCCUAUGUCAGGUAUUCCAUCCUCCACAGCCAACACCUUAGAGUCUCUACAAGAUGACAAUCCUCCACAUUGGUUGAAAUCUCUCCAAGCACUCACAGAGAUGGACGGCCCCAACACAGGUUCCUCUCAGACCCAGCACAGUAACCUGUUCAGCACACAAGUACCUAUUCACAGAGCCAGCUGGAGUCCCUACCCACCCCACUCGAAUCCCGCCAGCUUUCAGUCUCCUCCCCCAGGCUUUCAGACCGCUUUCAGACCCCCAAACAAAGCCCCCACAGAUCUACUACAGAGCUCAGCACUGGACCGUCAUUAGAGAAGAAUGGAACAUGCAGGAAAAUGUCAUCUCUUCUCUAGUCUUUCUAAAUAAUUCAGUUUAUGAUCAAACCCCAGAUGCAAUGCAGUCACAGGGUUGUGAUGGCCUCCUAAUAUAAUGUUUUCUGCUUAACCAGUUUUGACAGCACACUUUUAAUUUUCUAAAAUAUCCAAAUGCAUUGCAGAGGCUUAAGAAAUAAUACCAGUUUGCAUACACUUGAUUUAAUCUGCUUAUCUGAAAACAGUAAUUACUAUAUAUUAUGCAGAAUAAAGAUAAUCGAAGAACAUAGGAAAAUAGCAAAAGUGAGCCAAAGUGGAAUUCUGACGUGCAGUUAAGGCAGUGGAGAAUAGUAACCUGGCAGUGAGUUGCAGUUAGCAUCACUGUCAAGCAAUGCUACAGGAGUUUUGUGCUAGCAAGAGCUGGGUAUGCAGAGUGGGUUAAGCAGAAAUUUAUUUAGAAUUAAGGGCAUGUAGCUAAAGAGUGAUGUUAAGACAGGAAGUGAUUUUUUUAUUUUGGCUUUAGAUUAAAAUAAAAUAAAUGUUUUAAAAGCAUUCACUGGCUUAAUACCUAGUGUAUACAUAAUUGUAAACUGCUGAAACACAAGCGAUACUUGUGUGUUUGUGUGUGUCUUUCUCUCUUUCUCCCCCUCCCCCUCUUAUUCACACUUUCUCUUUAAAGCCUGUCUGCAAAUUCACCAGAAUAAGGCACUCUGGGAUAGCACUGCAUUGGGGCCACAUGAUCACCAUCAAGAGAGAACCUUAGACUUCUGCCUGCAGCUUUUCACUAAACUUUGUAGUAUCUGGACAUUUGUGCAGUAUUGGAAAGGUGACAAAGCAAACAUGAUUAUAACUUGAUGCUAAAAGAAACUAUAACAAGGAAAUGUACUGCUCUUACUCUUCAGAAUUGGAACUAAAAAUCUUAAAUAAAAGAAAAAACUUGA